AUGGCCGAGGACAUUGAUGUCGCCAACCAUUAUGGUAUACAAACCGCCUUCCCCGAGACCUGGCCCGCCGAGUUGGACGAGAGCGAUGUGUCCGAAAGCGAGCAGUACUCAGCAGGCGCCAACGCGAAACGAAGAUCCACACGAUACUCGGCCCUGGGACGCACCUCAAGCUUAGCAGGAGGCUCAUCUCGAGCAGGAGAUAAUGUCGCAAAGAAAGAUGAAUCCGAUCCGUUGGGGUCCUCUGACAGUGUGAUGUACAUUCUCAAGAAGCGAGGCAUACCUGUCGACGAUGACAUGCGUUUACGAAACCGGUUUCUACUAUCCUCGACAUCCUUCUCGCCCGCCCUGUUCUUGUCUCAGGCGCAUCAGAAUGCAUCCGCCGAGGACCUUAUCGAAGGCCUCCAGUUCCUGUCACGCUCAAUCGACCAGAAAUCAGCUUCGCUGAAGGAGCUUGUCGAAGCCAAUUUUGAACGUUUCGUACGUGCCAAGGCAACCAUAGACAGUGUCUACACAGAGAUGAGAUAUCAUGGCGCCGCGAAAUCUCGCCCUCCGUCACACCGUGCAAGUGGACAGUAUCGCUAUUCACUUGUUGGAAAUGCUCCGCCACCCCAAGCAAGCCAAUCCGCGAAUAAAACCGCGCUCGUCAAGGAAAGCGAGUACGGUGUAAAAGGUAUCCGGGCUCCUUUGGUCGAAGCAUCGGUCAAGGCCGAAGAGCUGUGGGGACCUGCUCUGAGUGGUCGAGAGCGUGAGCAGGAUCUAUAUGCAGUUGUGAGCAAUGUGGAGCGGAAUCGCUCAGUGUUUGAAAUUGGAGGCAACAUUUCAAAGGCGAUCAAGCAACAGGACUUUGAUCGAAUCUUUGAAGAAUACCGCCGAGCCAAAACCCUCACCAAUGAAGCCAGAUCGAUUACCGACCGUGCCGCCACGGAAAAGAGAGAGUUGACCGAUGCCGAAAGUCACACCAUGAUAGGCACGGGGCGGAUGUGGACUGAUGUACAACAGCAAGUUGAUGCAUUCAAACGUGACCUAUGGCGCCGCUUGAGCAAUGUGCAUACGCCGUCUUCCCAUCUGACGGCAGCAGGACCUGUGGAAGAACAUAUGGAAUUGAUCGGGGCCCUCCUAGAACUGGGUGUCGAAGACAACCCCGUAUGGGUGUGGCUUAUCAGUAGUUACCAACUACUCAAAACAAAACUUACGGCUUUUUGCGAACGCUCAAUUGUUGAGAUUGAGGUCCUACGGCGUCGACUAGCCGCUAACGAAAAACCACGCCCCCAAGUUAUGACAGCGUUGCUCCGGGCAUCGUUGCGUGAAGGAGCAGACCCAAAAGAUAAAAUCGAUACAGAACAAACUAUAGAGCUGUGGGAAUGUAUUCAUGCCUUUUUGACGAAACUCUUGUCUGUUCAGACCGGGUUACUAGGCGAAAUUAUUGAGUUCUGGGAGACCGCGCAAUCGUUCAUCAAUGGUAGUAAACAGAAAAUGCUUCCUGCUGGGUUUGAAGGGGAGAGUCGCAAGCACCAUCGGCUGCCUAGCGACGGUGUGAGAGAGCUUCAAGAAGGCAUCGUCGAGCUUGUCGAUUUGAUUCGACAAAAUGUACUCGCCCUGUUCACGGAACCUCCCAUCGAGGAUGUCUCGCUCCUCUUCUCGCCCGCUCCUCAAACCCCCGGCACUCCUUUCAAUCAUAUCACACCGACCGAAUCGCGUUUCAAACUCGACCCCAAGAACAUGCCCCCGCCUUCGCCCGUUCGCGGAGAGGUAGGAGAGGAGUACGCAUUUUGGCCGCCGUACUCCAACUCGUUGAGUGGAGUUCACUAUCUCAGUAAAUUCUUAGUUCUUAUUGGCACUGCGGCCAGUGAAAUGGCUGCCCUGUCUCCAAUAACGACCGGAAGCAGUUCGCAUGACCAACUCAAAAGCCUUGUCAGCGUCGCCCGCGAAAGAUCUGUACGGGUGGCGUGUGCAACUUGGAACAGGGAUGCGGAAAACUGCAAGAUGCUAGAGGAUUGGACUCGCGAUCCCGAAAGGCGAGAACUGACCACCAUGCCGGGGCUCUUUGUUGCUUUUGAGAGCACCGUGCUGGCAGGCAUGCAGAAGAUACUGUAUAUCUCGGAAGCGAUGAGCAAGGCUGGCUCUGUCGACGUUGUGACGCCACCACCAGCCAAAAUAUUGCAAAUGGUGCGGACUCAGUUUGUCACCAGUGUCUACAAGGCGCUGAGUGGCUUGGUGGAAAAUGCAGAGCGACCGGUCGUGUCAAAUGAGGAGGAUUCGUGGAUUCUCGCUGAGCCCAGUAACGCAACGAAAAGCAUGGAUAGCGCGCCUAUUAUGGCAACAAGCGAGAGUAUUGAUGCUAAAAACAGGAAUAUCCGAAUGCUCCUCACGCUUUCCAAUCUCAAAGCGUUUCAGACCGACUUUGUUCCUCAACUGAUAUCCAACUUUGAGACGGCUUUCUCGGUCAAAUUGACCGACGAAGCCAAGACAAUUCGCGAUGUUCUUGGUCAGAUUGACGACAGGCUGUUCCAGUCCUAUACUACGCCGACCAUCGUGGCCCUCGACGCGACCAUUAAAAAUGGCAUCAAGUCGGCGGAUUGGGAGCCCACAACCAACCGACCCGACCAAGUUCGGCCAUAUGUGUACAGCACAAUGCUCGCGCUGGUCCUAGUGCAUACGGAAAUUACUACUACAAUCCCUAUCUCCUCGACUGCGCCAUCUUCUGUCGCACAUCCGCUGUUGACGGGAGUUCUCAACCACCUCGUCACCAAAAUCUCCACGUCGCUUCUGACAGCGUUUCAAUCCCGCUCAAAAUACAGCCUGGCGGCACUGAUGCAGGCGACACUAGACACUGAGUUUAUAGCGCAAACCAUGUCGCAAUACGUCACGGAGGAGGCAUCGCAGAUUCAAAGUCAGAUUUACCUAGAGUUGGAUCGGCGGACAAACAACGAAGCGCGUACCAAGCUGCAGGCAGAACUUGGAGAAAUGCGAGGUAUCUUGAAGAGAUUACGCGAACGAACAAAGGGCGAGUUUACGUGCUUUCGAAAAAUGAGGCCGACGGGUGGUGGUUCAAAGGGAAGUGCAUGA